CAGGGAAUAAUACAGUCAGUGUUUCAGUGAAUACACUGAAUAGCGGCCGCCGAGACACUAGCUUGGUGGCGAAACCGGGACACACAACACCGAAGAUGGCUUCACCGAGGACGAUAACCAUUGUGGCCCUCUCUUUCGCUCUUGGUCUUUUUUUCGUCUUCAUGGGCACCAUAAAGCUCACACCAAGAUUAAGCAAAGAUGCUUACAGUGAGAUGAAAAGGGCAUACAAGAGCUAUGCCAAGGCCUUGCCAGGUCUAAAGAAGAUGGGCAUCAGCUCGGUGCUGCUCCGUAAGAUCAUUGGCUCACUGGAGGUGGGCUGUGGUGUGGUUCUGACAUUGGUGCCAGGGAGACCCAAGGAUGUGGCUAACUUCCUGCUCUUGCUGGUCAUGCUGGCAGUCCUCUUCUUCCACCAGCUAGUAGGAGACCCCCUGAAACGAUAUGCCCAUGCUCUGGUCUUUGGUAUUCUGCUCACCUGCCGACUGCUCAUUGCCCGCCAGAGUGAGGACCGACCUGAGAGGGAGGAGAGCAGGGAAGAACACAUCAAUGCCCAGGAAAAUAACAAAGUCAAGCAAUCCUAAUCAGGUCUGACCGUCCAGUCUGGGCAGAGCGACAGCGAAACGGAACCUUGUGCGUUUCUUUGGAUUGUAGCAAUUCAGAUUCAAAAGAAACACAGUCGCCACAAGGAGUGAUCUAUCCACCCAGUCAACCACCCACCCGUCCUCCCUCUCACGCCCUUUUGGCUGACUGAUUAUUGGUUUCACCUGCUCCCUUGCACUCUCAUCCUAAAACUGCAAUCCCCUUGUCCUGUAUCCCAACCUUGACAGUGGACAAACAUACUUGUGGCAACUGUAAUCAGCUCAACUCUUUCAAAAAAAGAUAGGACCUUUUGUCUCACCAGCCAAUUGGUAUUUUUCCUCGUUCCCCGGGUUAGGAAUCAUAACUGAGGAAAGGUUGUGAUGUAGGGAUGAAUACAUGAGUAAACUCACUAAAUAGUAGGAUCUCCCAAUUAACGUUCAAUAAAUACAACAUACCCUCAAAACUCCUAUUACCCAUUUUUAUUUAGCAUCUAUCAAAACAUAAGAUACAGCAUGCCUAUGUUUUUAGUUUGUUUUUGACACAAAUACCAAUUUGAGGGACUUUGUUGGCUUUGAGAAUGCUGAUGUUUUCCACUAUUGAAGAUUGGUACUUUUCAAUUUUUAUUUUAUUUUAGGUAGGAUGCUAAUGAUAUCCCUUGAAUUCAAUUGUUAUUUUACAGUAAUUAAGCAUGGUUCAUAAUUAAAUGGUUUAAACCAAACUCAUAGCUUAUCAGCACUGUUCAGAGAUAUAUUGUAGUUGAACAUUGACUCACAUUUAUUUAAAUACAAUAUACAUUAUCACAUAUUUCCAUUGGUAUUAGUAAAAUAAGAAUAAUUUUAGUGAAUUCAUAUUAGUUUCGUCCAAGCUUUUUCCUGUUGAUUAGAUUUUCUUGUAACUAUUCUUACGCAUGAAAAUGUACCCCUUUUCCCAAAAGAAAAACCGAACGGUCAAAUGGCAAGUCUUUCGCUCAUCUCUAAUUGAUUAAUCACUUUAUUCGACCCAACACUGUUGUUCAAGAACUCAUGUGGAGGAGAGACCUAUGGGAAGGAAUUUUGCUAGCAAUUAUGUGUAUCCAUACAUCUAUGGUUGCUAGCUUAGUGCUGUCUCUAUGUCUCUGGACCACAAUCAAUAGUCCAGCUGCUUUGUCAAAUGACAUAUCCAAUAAAGGACUUGAUCUUUGUCUUUUAAUAAAGGACUUUGUCUCUCUUUACAUCCAAUGACAACAAAGGCUUAUGUUUAUCUGUGAGUCUAUUUUGCUCUGGGAUUUUUAACAGUAUUCUGUUGAAUUACUGUGUUAGAUAAGUAUUCCUAUGAGUAUAACCAUUACCACUGGGCUAUUCUUGUAAUAGAAAGGUAUUUGUUUCAUAUAUAAGUGAUGAUACCUUUAGUGAUCAUGAGUAGAUAAAGGGGAAGUUUCAGUCAGAUGAGCAGUUGUUCAGAUGGUCUUUAACAUUCAUAAUGCUUCUGUAAAACAAAAUGAGCUAAAUAAAGAAAUGUAUGGGCGA